AUGGCUAUUGCUACCCCUUAUCGCAUCGGCGUGGAUGUGGGCGGUACAAACACCGACUCAGUCAUCCUCGACACACGCGCUACCAACACCGCGACUCGCGGCGUUGUCGCCUGGCACAAGACCCCCACCACCAGCCCCAACGUCACGGACGGCAUUGAGGCCGCGGUUCGCAGCGUCCUGGAAGAGUCCAAGGCGCCUCGAGACCAGAUAGCAUGCUUGACCAUUGGCACCACGCAUUUCAUCAAUGCUAUUGUCGAACAUGACGCCCGCCGCCUCUCAAGAGUGGCUAUCAUCCGUCUCUCCCGGAGCUUUACGAGAGAGGUCCCACCGUUCUCAGACUUUCCAACCGUGUUAAAGUCUAUUAUGAAUGGUUACUACUGCUACGUUGACGGUGGCCUGCAUAUCGAUGGAUCCCAAGAGGCCCCCAUCAACGAAGACCAGGUUGUGAAAGAAUGCAAGAUCAUCAAAGAAAAGGGACUCGACGCGGUCGUGAUAUCCGGUGUAUUCUCCCCGAUCGAUGACCACUUCCACCAGGAGGACGAAGUGCGUCGGAUCGUGCGGCGAGAGCUCCCCGACGUGGACAUCGUCUGCUCGUCCGAAGUCUCUCAGAUUGGAUAUCUCGAGAGAGAAAACGCAUCGAUUCUGAACGCAUCGAUCUUGAAAUUUGCCAGGCGAACCAUUCGAGGUUUCAAAGAUGCCAUGAAGCGCUUGGAUCUGAACUGCGCGCUGUAUCUUACCCAAAACGACGGCACUUUGAUCGACGCGCCGUCUGCUGCACGUCUGCCAAUCCGUACUUUCUCAUCUGGCCCUACCAAUUCCAUGCGAGGUGCAGCAUACCUUGGAUUAAACAAUUCAAACGACGAUGCAGCGGAGAAAACGGCAACUAUUGUCGUGGAUAUCGGUGGAACAACCAGUGAUGUCGGUGUUCUUCUCCCGUCCGGAUUCCCCCGCCAGGCUUCGGCAUACGUGACUGUGGCCGGUGUCCAGAUCAAUUUCGGCAUGCCACACCUUGAAUCUAUCGGGCUGGGUGGUGGAUCGAUUGUCCGCCAGGAGGGCGACAAGGUGACUGUCGGCCCUGAUUCCGUCGGCCACUAUCUAAGCACCAAGGCAAAGGUCUUUGGCGGAGACGUCCUCACCGCAACCGAUAUCGCGGUGGCAGCGGGCGAGAAAAUAGGAAACCCAGAGCUCGUCAAGGACAUCGACCAGGCCACCGUUACCAAAGCCCAGGCCCGAAUGAAGACCCUGUUGGAAAACGUUGUCGACCUGAUGAAGACCUCCCCUGCUCCUCUCCCUGUCCUACUGGUGGGUGGUGGCUCCGUCAUCGCGCCCAUGGAGCUACAGGGCGUAUCCAAGGUCAUCUGCCCGCCGUACCAUUCCGUCGCAAACGCCGUGGGAGCAGCAAUGUCCAAAGUCGGGGGCACUGUGGACAUGAUUCAAAGCACCGAAUCGCAGACGGUCGCGGAGCUGGUGGAGAAGGCAAAGGCAACCGCCAUUGAGCGGGCGGUUGCGUCUGGCGCAAAGCGUGAAACCGUCUACCUGGCUGAGGUCGAUGCUCUUCCGUUGCAAUACGUGGCCAACCAAGUGCGUGUCAUCGCACGAGCAGUCGGCGAGCUUUCUCCAGAAGGCGUGCCACUUACCAACGGUGCCAAUUGGGACGAGGAGGCGGGCGAUGAGGAGAUCUACAAAGAGACAGCCAAGAGGGAUGCCCAUUUGGACGAAGUUGACCCUGCUGCUGUCGAUAUUGCAACGUACCGACCAAAGGUAGUUAAGAACCCCAAGACAGGUGUUCAGGAAUGGAUUGUUUCCGAAGUCGAUCUCCAGUGGCUCGCGGACGGGUGCUACGUCCUUGGAUGCGCAGGCGGAGGUUCGCCGUUUGGUGAAUAUAUUCGUCUCAGGGACCAAAUCCGACAAGGCCACAUCAUCCGGGUUAUUGAUGUGUCAUCGUUGGGGAAGGAUGAUUUGAUUUAUUGGGGUGGCCAUAUGGGGUCUCCGGCUGUCUCCGUGGAACGCCUGGCACACAAUGAGACCGAACAAGCAUUCCUAGAACUCAUGGAAUAUCUCAAACACGACUCCAUCGAUGCUGUCAUGGGCCUGGAAAUUGGAGGUGCUAACGGGCUUCAGCCAUUGGCACUGGGCUCUACCAAGAAUCACAACUGUCCCGUCAUCGACGCAGACUGGAUGGGCCGCGCAUAUCCAACCUACUGGCAAACGACCAUGUGCGUUUACGAAUCCAAGCAACUGGUCCCCUGCGCCAUCGCCUCCGGCGAUGGUAAAACCAUCAUCAUGACCAAGACCACAGACGACGAGAUUGUCGACCGUGCCCUGCGCGCCUCCUGCGCGGAAAUGGGCUCACGCGUCGGCAUGGCGGCCAAACCGACCACGACCGACCGCGUUCGAAACUACGGCGUCAUCAACACCGUCUCUCUCGCGUGGCGCAUCGGCCGCUGCAUCGCGCGCGCCCAUGCUAACAACACACUCACCACGGUCGCAGAGCAAAUGAUCGACGAAAUUGGCGGACCGAGCGCCGCCAAAGUUUUGUUCCGUGGUAAAAUCAUCGCCGUCGAGCGACGGCUGUUCAAGGGCCAUUCGUAUGGCGAGAUCACCAUCCAGCAAACCCAGCAGUCCGAAGAGGAGGAGUCCGCGGGUCCCCGGGCUCCCGCCGUCGCUGUGGGUGGGGUGAUCAAGAUUCCCUUCAAGAACGAGAACAUCUACGUCAAGCACAUUUCUGAGAGCGGAGAGGAGAAGUACAUCGCGAUGGUUCCGGAUUUGAUCUCUGUGCUUGAUACGCAGUCCGGGAAAGCGCUGGGUGUGCCGGAGUUUAGGUAUGGACUGAUGGUUACUGUGUUGGGAAUCGCGUGCUCCCCACGAUGGACCGAUACGCCGCGAGGGUUAGAGUAUGGAGGCCCAGGGGCGUUUGGAUAUAAGAAUAUCAAAUAUACGCCGCUGGGAACAUAUGUAGAGCCGAAGAGUGUGGUGGCCGAGUUUGCGGAGGAGUGA